AUGAGUCGUAUCCAGUGGCGUCUUCGUGAGCUUCCAAAGAAUAUAUGCCAAACAAUUCGGUUUCGCAUUCAGUACGGUAAGCAAUGCAUUCGCUCGCUCACAUACAACCACCAUAUGAACCAGUCGUACGCGUCGGACGUUUGUAUGGAACCAAUAUUUUGGUUCGUUGACAAUUUCACCCAUCUUCUAGGCCCGUUUUUUGUCUUUGCUGUCGUAUGUCUAACAACUGCCGUCGUAACGAUAUGCUACUGGAUCGGAUUGCCGUACUGGUGGAACAGAAAUCGUUACAUGACUGUGUUCUUGAUGACUGUGGGCCAUUGGUUGCUGUUAAAUGUAGUGUACAAUUUCUAUAAAGCUGCCUCCGUAUCGCCGGGUUAUCCACCGGAGAAGGAAUUGAUUGUGGAAGCGGUUAGCAUAUGCAAAAAGUGCGUAGCCCCAAAACCUCCUCGCACACAUCAUUGCUCGGUAUGCAAUCGAUGCGUGCUUCGAAUGGACCAUCACUGUCCAUGGCUUAAUAAUUGUGUUGGCUAUCACAACCAUAGAUACUUCUUCCUGUACAUGUUGUACACUACAAUCGGCACUCUCUUCAUCAUAUCGUUCGGAUUUGAUCUGGGUUAUGGUGUACUGUUUCUCGAUGAAGAUGACUGGAAGGAAAUGGAACCACUGCAAGGACACCCAGUGCGGUUCAACCUUUCCGGGCACAUAAUUCCAGUGACUGAAAUGAAUGACUACGAACAUGACGGAAUGGCUCCUGCUGAGCAUGACUUACCUAUACCACACCCAAGCCACCGGUCUGGUACCAUUCACGGGGCGAUACUUUUUAUGGCGCUGAUAAACGUGGCCACUCUGUUCGCUCUUGGUUCCCUUACCGCUUGGCACAGCACGCUGAUCACACGUGGUGAAACCAGCAUUGAGGCGCACAUAAACAAAUCGGAAACAAAGCGAUUAGCAGCUAUGAACAAAACCUACCGAAAUCCGUACGAUUUCGGAUCGCGCAACAACUGGAAACUGUUCCUAGGUUUAACGCGUAAGCGUACCUGGUGGCGGCACGUAAUGCUACCCUCCUCACACAAACCGGAAGGCAAUGGACUGACAUGGUUAACGUACGAACACUCGUUUGAUAGUACUGACGAGUGGCCUUAG